AUGUCAUCACAGCCGCUUGAAGCCGGCUUGGGGCCCCCUAUUGAGGAUGCCAGUGAAGAAACCUUCUAUUGCUUCAGCCAUAGAAUCCCGAGCAACAAUCUAGGCUUCGUCGACUCCAAGACUCACGUUUUAGAGGUUGAGAUUGCUGGGCGCGACUACACCAUCAGACAAUCUCCUGGCCUCCUCAAUUCUCACCGAGAGGAGGGAACCACCGGAGCUGUUCUGUGGAAGAUUACUCCUCUUGUUGCUGCUUGGCUGGCUUCCACCCCUCCGUUACUAGCUGACGUUCUGCACCAAGAUGCAAUAGUUGUUGAGCUUGGUUGCGGUGUCGCUGGGCUGAUCGGUCUGGUCCUUGCACGAUUUGUGCAAUGCUAUAUCCUCACGGACCUCGAUUAUGUCCUGAAGCACGUGAAGGAGAACAUUGCCGCCAACGCAGCCACUUUAGGAAACAAGCAGAAGGCAACGAAGAAAAGAGGCGGUCAGAAAGAGACGGCGGCGGACCAUGUUCUCAGAAUGUUGCCCCUGGAUUGGGAGCGUGACAACGCUCGAAACCUGGAGACGGUCAUGCCUGCUGGAUCGGCAAUCGACCUUCUACUGCUCUGUGACUGCGUCUACAAUGAGUAUCUGGUCACGGCGCUGGUGCAGACCUGCGCUGAUGCUUGCCGGCUGGGAUCUUCGCGGACUAAAGCUACAGUCGUCUUGAUCGCUCAGCAGCUCCGUGCUGACGCCGUGUUUGAGCUGUUUUUGGACUCGUUGAUGCGGGAAUUCGAUGUAUGGCGGGUGCCGGACGCGCACAUCUCGGCCGAGCUGCGUCCUGGGUCGGGCUACGCGGUGCAUCUGGCCAUGCUGAAGUCUGCGGACGCCAAUUGA